GAACGAGUCUAUAUAAAGUGCCUGCGGGUUUCGCUUUCCUCUGAAACAUUCUAUUCUAAUCUGCACAGAAAGAGCAAAGGUCAUUCUCGAUAGGGCGAAAUGGUUCGUACAGAGAAGAGCUGCUGUUUUGCAAAGCCUACCAUGAGGCCGCUUGUUCGUGUUUAUCCUGCGGAUACAUGUUGGAGCGAGUUUGUUUCUGGCUAAAAAUCCAGAGAUUUAAAAUGCCUCCGUGUACUGUGGCCAGCCAAUUCACCUCACCCUUUAAACCCCCAAACAUUCUUGUCAAUAGUUGCUAUCCCUUUGGACCUGGAAUGGCGAAACUCCCACCUCCUGUACCAGUCAGCUCCACCCCUGCUGGCACAUUUCCAGUUCUUCAACAUAUGUUCAAGCUCACUAUGGUCUGGUUGCGAAGAUUUUUAUACUUUUGGAAACCUUUCCUUACAAACCUGGUAAAGGCUGUGUUGAUGGGCAUUGCCAGAAGGGCAUUGCCCAUCUUAGAGAAGAUGAAAUACUUAAAGAAGGCCAGAGAACUUAAAAGAAAUGAAAACUACACUGAGAAGAUGAUGGAGGAAGACAACUGUCAAGAACAUUAUUCUCUGAAGAGUCAUAUAAACUAUCUUUUGGAGGGAAGCUUGGUUACAGAUGACUCUCUUGGGGAAGACAUUGAACAAGUUUUGAUUCAUUCAAGCAGCAUUGCAGUGAAUAACAUACAUUUGGAAGAGGAAGGGAUUUCUGAGCUGUGUUUAAUUAAUCCUACGAUAGUAUUUGAUUUGAUAAAUAAUUGGCAAGCUUCUUCAGGAAAAGACAUAGAAUGUGUGACUAUAAAAAGUUCUGAGCAUGACUCCCCAAAGUUGUUGGAAGAUACUUACAAUCCUGAAAUCUUUAAAGAAGAGUUGGACCUCUCUGGGUGUUUGAAAAAUAGUUUGAACUGCUUAAAUCCUAUUGGACAAUUAAAUUUUAAUAAGUGCUUUGAUCAAAUUUUGGAAACCACCAUGGUUCCCCAGGAACUGGAGAAGAACACUAAAUCUAACCAAGAUCCUCUGAUAUGUGGAAAACAAAACUUAAUAUGUUCACUUGGUUCUUCAAAUGAUGAGGAACAGCCAGAAAUGAAGCAAAAGAAUGGAAAGAAUGAAGAUACAUUCAACAUGGAAUCCUCUACCAACCCCAAUAGCUUCCAAAGUUCCCUGGUACUUUCCUUAUUCUACAGUCCAGUAGAAGAUGAAGAAGAUGACAACGAUGACAGUUCAGAAGACUGGUGGAGUGAGGAUGGGAUGGAAGAGAGUAGUAAGACCCAAACUUGCUCUGAUGGCAAUAAUUCAGGCGACACAGAAAAUUAUCAGGAAGUAGAAGAGGAGGACUCUGUACAGCAGAUUGUUUUUGAGAAUCUCUGUGGAGUUCUAUCCAUGAACAGUGAUCUCUCCCACCCACUUUGCUUUUCCAAACCCGUUCAGGACCUCACAGACUUUGCUUCACCAAAGCCCAAGAACCAUCAAGAAACUAUUGUCUUUUCUAGUCAGACAAAAACCAGUUCUAAACUUGAAGAAUCAUGUAAUCUACCAAAGCAGCCAUUGCCCAAAGACCAAAAAGUUGAAAGAAAUCAAGAGACCUACCUAUGUUGCCAACCAAGUGCCAGGAAAAACACUUCUCUCCCUGCAGAAGAAGGUUCACAGCAGGAAAUCCAAGUGAAAAAGAAGGUCCGAUUUUCCCCAGUGGUCACUGUCCACUCACUAGUAGUCUGGGAUUACGCCUCUCGGGCUGCCCGUCGGGGCCCAUGGGAGGAAAUGGCUCGUGAUCGCUGCCGCUUUCACCGAAGAAUCACUCAAAUGGCAGCCAUCUUGGAGCCUUGCUUCACGGAGGAUCAUCGGAACAAAGUUUGGAAGAAGAUCCAUGGGGUUUCCAAAUCUGUUCUGGAAGAAGCCGCUGACAACAUUCCCCUUGGUUCCAGUUCCACCAGAAAAGAGGAAUUGGGAUUCCAGAGUUAGGAAUGAAAAGCCUCUUUCAGAUAAAAAUAACAACUGACUGACACAUAGAAGUUGAGGAUUCUGGGGGAAUUCUGGUCUGGGUUUUCCAUCACUAAAAGAAGAACAUCAUUGCUUUUGCUCUUCUUCUGUUUGGUAUUUUAAAGGGUGGUGUGAAUUAGAACCUCAUUGUUCAUAAGUUUCAAGCAAUUUCAAACUGGUGACUGGUGAUAUAGUGUAGUAAGGUUGAGUCUGGGCUAAAACAUUAUGGAUGAGAUAAGAAUGUGGUUGAGUAUAUGAAGGAGUAACAUGAGUAAAAAUAUCAAGGCAUUUGUUUUCUGAAUAAAUACAAUACUAGGUGGCUGCUACUACGACUACUACUACCUCUUUUGAUUGGGAAAGUCGUGAAAUUUCAAUAAUUUUGUUUAUACACUGACGUGCACAUUUACUUAUUAAGAUUAAACAAAAUGUACAUUUAAAAUGCAGCAGCCAAUACUGUAAGAUACUUUUCUUCUCCUCUCUCUCCCUCAUUACUACACUUAAUGACAAGCAAUAAUUUACUAUUCAUGUCUGAGUUCCAAAAUAUUUUAAGUGCUUAAGCCAAGAUAAGCCAAUUCAACGUUAAAUUCUAUAUUGUAGUUCCAUUUCACAGGCAUUAUUUGGGCUCCAUCCUAUAUGGAAGCCUUCGGAAUCUUUUGGGUCAUAAGUCCCAUGAUUCCCAGUCAACCUUGCUUGUUAUGGAAUUUGGAGUUGGCCGUUUUAUCAGAGGGGCAGCUUGAAGUUUAUUGGGAAAGAACUAUAGCUAAACAUACAGUUGAAAAGAUCAACCAAGGCUGUCUCAGUUUUCUUUACCUCCAUGGUCUGAUUUUAUAGCUAAGCUUUUUCAUAUGUACCAAUCACAGGGCAAGAAUCUGGAUCCAAAAUUUGACAAUUUAUAUUUUGUAUAUUUUAGCUACUUUUUCUAACCAGGAGUUAGUUUCCUUGCUUGUAUAUUUGCAAAGUCUCUGCUAGUUUAUAUAUAUUUAUAGUUAAAGAAAAAUGUUUUUAAGAGAUAUGUAUUAAUAGAUAUUAAAUUAUUCCUUUGAAGUCCCUUGUUAUGUCUUAACUAUUAUAAUUGAUUAUUGAAUUGUAACAAUUAUAAUUAUUAAAGAAUGUAUGCCUUUGAUGUUUUUUGAUAUUUGUAAUAACAGUGAUUAAAAAUACAAGCCAUUUGGCGUCAAAAAACCUAGCCACAUCUAUGUUAUUUUCUCUAAUGUUUUGGAAAACACACAAGCAGGAUAUGAGCAGAAUGUCCUUAUAGUCCCUAGCACCUGUUAUAAACUAUGUCACACAUAAGAAUGAUUGAUACCUUUAUUCUUCAGGAAUCUGGUAGUUCCAUCUUUAAAAGACUAUUUCCCAGUUUUUCCAUUCUAUAAAAAACAUAAUUGCCAUUAAAAGUUUUGUACAUUAUCA